AGUCAAAUUGAAAAAAAUGCUGAAACUUAAAGGGGGUAAAGCCUUUUAUCCUAUUACAAUUAUUUAAGUAUAUAUGUUGUCUUCCACUAACCUAAUGAAUAUUGGUGAACUAUCGCACAGAAUUACUAUUAUACCCAAUAUUUACAACUAACUAGGAGGACUUUUAGUAUUAGUUAUGAAAAUUGGUACCUAAUUUUGUCUUACUAAUGCAGCCAUAAGUAUAGGCAAGUUCCUUUAUUUUCUAUAUUUGGUUGUUUUCUAUUGAUUGUUACAUGACCUUUGAGUAUGUUUUACCCUAUAGACUCUCAACUAAGAGAUCAAAGGGUCAUCAACAAAGAUUGAAUUGGUUGUUUCUUCUCUAUAAGGGGACUCUUUCUUAUGUUCUUUAUUUUUUUUUCCCUACUUUGGAGCUCUUUCUUAUAUUGAUAUGAUAUGUUGAGCUUAUAGGUAAUAUACGUUGUUGUACUUUCUUAAAUAGUUGAUUGUCUAGUUUGAUAUAAUAACUCUUGAAAUUUGUAAAUAAUGACAAGACAAAAUAUAAUAAUUUUCAGGUAAACAUUACUUCCAAUGGCUGGGCCCAACACCACAAGUAAGUAUUGCAGAUCCUAAACUGAUAAAGGAGAUCUUGUUUAACUAUGAAGUCUUUCAUAAAAAAGUGCAAAACCCACUUGCCAAGUUCCUAGUGAGAGGGGUUUUGAUGUGUGAGGGCGAGGAAUGGGCUAAGCACAGAAACAUUCUCAACCCAGCCUUUCAUCUAGAAAAGUUGAAGCACAUGGUACCAGCAAUGUGCUUAAGUUGUUGUGAGAUGAUAAGCAAAUGGGAAGUGCUAGUCUCAGAAAAAGAGUCAUGUGAGGUUGAAGUAUGGCCUUAUCUUCAGAAUGUGACAGGCGAUGUGAUUUCUCGGACAGCAUUUGGUAGUAACUAUGAAGAAGGAAAAAAAAUAUUCCAACUCCAAACUGAACUAGGUGACCUUAUAAUCCAAUUCGCACAGUCAAUUUACAUUCCAGGAUGGAGGUUUCUACCAACAAAGAAAAACACAAGAAUGAAAACAAUCUAUAAUGAAGUGAGAGCUCUACUAAGCAAUAUUAUCCAAAAAAAAGAGCAAACAUUGAAGGGAAAUGAUGGAGAUAAUGACUUGUUAGGAAUACUAUUGAAGACAAAUUUAAAAGAAAGUCAAGUACAGGGAAACAAGAAGAACAUCAAACUGACAAUGGGAGAGGUAAUCGAGGAGUGCAAGCUAUUCUACCUUGCUGGGCAAGAGACCACCUCAACUUUGCUUGUGUGGACAAUGAUCUUGUUGAGUAAGCAUCAAAAGUGGCAAGCUCUAGCUAGAGAAGAGGUUUUAACAGUAUUUGGGGACAACAAACCAAGCUAUGAAGGGUUAAAUCAACUCAAAAUUGUGAGUGUUUUCUAUAUAGAUCAAUUUUUUGAAAUUUUUCUCAAAUUAGUAGGAUUGACUACCGCAACUAUUUUUUAGCCUCUCAUAAAGGGAGAGUGAGAAUCUAUGAAGUACCGACACUUCAAAACAAGUGCCAUAUCCAUGUUGGACACAUGGACAGUUCAGGGACACAUAUGAGGCACACCACAUGGAUGCGUGUCCUAUUAUUUAAUUAAUUUAUUUUCAGGAGACACACUAA